AUGGCUAAUCAAGUGAAAACAACUCUUCUCAUCAUCUCGGACACUCACGGGCUAGAGUUUCCAGUGGAGACGCGUCCUCAGGAGCCCGUUGACGUGGUCAUCCAUUGUGGCGAUCUUACAAAGAGUUCCACGAUGGCGGAAUACAAGAAUACACUCCAGCUCCUUCGAAACCUCAACGCACCUCUCAAGCUGUUCAUCGCCGGCAACCACGACCUAUCUCUUGAUUCCCCAGCCGUGUAUGAAAAGAUUGAUGAGGCGGAACGGGUCAGUGAAGAAACAAGAUUUGACAGACCCAUGGUCAAUCAGGAGAUUCUUGCCGUGAGGGAUCUCGUCAAGAGAUCAAAGGCUGAAGGAAUUGUCUUUUUCGAAGAGGGCACGCACGACUUCGUGCUUGGAAAUGGCGCGGCUCUGAAGCUCUUUGCCAGCCCUUACUCGCCAGGCACCGCGGGGUGGGCGUUUGAGUAUUCCACCCACGAUUUCAACAUCGAAGAGGGAACGGAUGUCGUCGUGACACACGGUCCACCCCGGGGAAUACUGGACAUCUCCGAAGGCGGCAAACGAAUGGGGUGCCCUCAGCUGUUUCGUGAGGUUGCGCGGUCACGGCCCAAGAUCCAUUGCUUCGGACAUGUCCAUCGCGGAUGGGGAGCAAGACUUGUUGCCUGGAGGCCGACCCUUUCCCAAACGCCUUCACAUAUCGAGGACAUUGACAGUGCAAAAUCUUCGGUGCUAGAGCAUCUCGGCCACCGCAACGACCCCGAGGAGGUCGCGCAGGCGAGAAGAGAGAGGUUCGAGCAGUACAAGUCCCAAGGGCAUUGCCGCAUAAGCCACUGUAAAGAUGAUUUGGAGCCUCUAAACUCAGGUCAAACUUUAUUUGUCAACGCGGCGACAAAGGGGAGUGACGGGCUGAAUCAGGCCCCGUGGAUCGUGGAUAUUGACUUACCGGCAGCUGUACUACAGCCACAGCCAAUGGUGGCUAUAUCUACAUCACCAACCUUGCAAGAAUCGAAAACAACAAUAUCAAGCAAGGGUAAAAUGGAACCGGAGGAGUCAAAGGAACCAAAGAACAACAAGAGAGCACGGCUACUUAGUAUGUAA